AUGAUAUUCAGAGACUUAAUAAAAUCUUCGGUUGUCGCUCUUGGAGUGACAAACUCUGUGCUUGAGGUCGCUUCGAGCACCUCCUCAAGUGGAGACUCUCGAGCAACAGUUCCCAAUGACUUGACUUUAGGUGUUAAGCAGGUUCCUAACAUCCUCAAUGAUACUGCUGUUGAUGCUAACCAGGAAGCAAAGGGUUACACUUUGGUCAAUGUUACCUCCACACCAAGAGGAUUGACCGGUAUUCUCGAGUUAAAGGAGGCUACUAAUAUCUAUGGUUAUGACUUUGAUCAUUUGAACUUGACGGUGACUUACCAGUCUGACAAGCGUUUGAAUGUUCAUAUUGAACCAACAAACUUAACCGAUGUCUACAUUUUGCCUGAAGACUUGGUUGUGAAGCCAACUAUCGAAGGAGAUGUCAAUUCAUUCAAUUUCGAAGACUCUGACUUAGUCUUCCAGUACCACUCGGAUGACUUCUCGUUUGAAGUGGUUAGAGCUUCUACCGGAGAGGUUUUGUUUUCCACUGAUGGUAAUCCAUUGGUAUUUUCCAACCAAUUCAUUCAAUUCAACACCACUUUGCCAAAGGGGUAUGCAAUUUCUGGAUUAGGCGAGUCCAUCCAUGGUUCUUUGAGUUUGCCAGGAACUGUAAAGACUUUGUUCGCUAACGAUGUUGGUGACCCUAUCGACGGUAACAUUUACGGUGUUCAUCCUGUUUACUAUGACCAAAGAUACAAUUCAAAUACCACCCAUGGUGUCUACUGGAGAACAUCUGCUAUCCAAGAAGUCAUUUUUGAAGAACAAUCUUUGACCUGGAGAGCACUUUCUGGAGUUAUUGACUUAUACUUCUUCAGCGGUCCUGACCCUAAGGAUGUUAUUCAACAAUAUGUUUCAGAAAUAGGAUUGCCAGCUUUCCAACCAUACUGGGCUCUUGGAUAUCACCAGUGUAGAUGGGGUUAUCGUGAAAUCGAGGACUUGGAAGAUGUAGUAACCAACUUCAAGAAUUUCAAUAUUCCAUUGGAAACCAUCUGGUCUGAUAUCGAUUACAUGGACUCAUACAAGGAUUUCACAAAUGACCCACAUAGAUACCCAACUGACAAGUACCAGGACUUCUUGGACAAGCUACACAAGAACAACCAACACUAUGUUCCAAUCUUCGAUGCAGCAAUUUACGUUCCAAAUCCAAAUAAUGAAACUGACAAUGACUAUACCCCCUUCCAUGCCGGUAACGAAUCUGACAUCUUCCUUAAGAACCCAGAUGGCUCUUUAUACAUUGGUGCUGUUUGGCCCGGUUACACCGCUUUCCCAGAUUUCCUUGCUAACAAUACACAAGACUGGUGGAACGAGAUGUUUAAAGAAUGGCACGACAGAAUCCCAUUCGAUGGUAUUUGGUCCGAUAUGAACGAAGUCAGUUCUUUCUGUGUUGGUUCGUGUGGUACUGGCAGAUACUUUGAAAACCCAGCAGAUCCACCAUUCUUGGUUGGAGGCGAAGUUACUCAAUAUCCAUCAGGUUUCAACGUUUCGAACUCAACUGAAUGGAAGUCUAUUUCCAGUUCAAUUGCUGCUACAGCCACUACUUCUAAGCCCAGUCCAUCAAGCUCUUCUGCUUCAAUCGACUCCAUGAACACAUUGUUGCCAGGUAAGGGAAACAUCAACUACCCACCUUACGCUAUCAACCACGCCCAAGGUGAUCAUGAUCUUGCAACUCAUGCAGUUUCUCCAAAUGCAACUCAUGCAGAUGGCACUGUUGAAUAUGAUAUCCAUAAUCUCUACGGAUUCUUACAAGAAAAGGCUAUCCACGCUGCUUUGUUGGAAAUCUUCCCAAACAAGAGGCCAUUUAUUAUUGCCCGUUCUACCUUCUCCGGUGCUGGCCAUUACAUGGGUCACUGGGGUGGUGACAACAAUGCUGACUAUGACAUGAUGUACUUCUCUAUUCCUCAGGCAUUCAGCAUGGGUCUUUCUGGUAUUCCUUUCUUUGGAGUUGAUGUUUGUGGUUUCAAUGGAAACUCGGAUGCUGAAUUGUGCUCGAGAUGGAUGCAAUUGGGUUCGUUCUUCCCAUUCUACAGAAACCACAAUGUUUUGGGAGCCAUUUCUCAAGAACCAUACGUUUGGUCUUCUGUUGCUGAUGCCACGAGAACCUCAAUGGCUAUCAGAUACUUGUUGUUGCCAUACUACUAUACCUUGUUGCACGAAUCACAUGUUACUGGUUUGCCAAUCUUGAGAUCCUUGUCGUGGCAAUUCCCAUACGAGAAGAAGUACAACGGUAUCGACAACCAAUUGUUUGUUGGUGAUGCCUUGAUUGUUACUCCAGUUUUAGAACCAGGUGUCAACAAGACCAAGGGUGUUUUCCCAGGUGCUGGUGUCUCAGAAGUCUACUACGAUUGGUACACUCACGAAAAGCAAGACUUCAGAAAUGGAAAGAAUGAAACCUUGGCUGCACCAUUGGGUCACAUCCCAUUGCAUGUCAGAGGUGGUCACAUUUUGCCACUUCAAGAACCAGGCUACACUGUUGCUGAAUCCAGAGAGAAUCCAUUUGCAUUGCUUGUAGCUUUGGACAAUGAAGGUAAUGCUUCAGGAAAGCUCUACCUUGACGAUGGGGAAUCUUUGGAAAUUGAAGAAUCUUUGUAUGUUGACUUUGUUGCUCACAGCAAGCUGUUGACAGCAUCGAGUUUUGGAGAAUACAAUGUUUCGCAGCCAUUGGCCAAUAUUACCAUCUUGGGUGUGGAGAAGAAGCCUAAGCAGGUCGAAUUCGAGGAUUCAAAGGUCAAGUUCAGUUACGAAAAUUCAACUAUUUUCGUCACAGGUUUGGAAAAGUAUACCAAAGAAGGUGCUUUCGCUAAGCAAUUCACCCUUACUUGGUAA